CAUGAAUCAUAAACAUAAAUAUCAAAAACAUAAAAGCAGACGUUUCUAAUAUUGAACACUCUCACUUUUUCUGUUAUUUUCUAUUAUAUUUUGUGUCCGGGGGCAAAGGUAAGCGAUCGCCCUCCAAACGCAAGAAGAUUGGGAUGGACUGGAGGAUACUUUUGACAUCAAUACUAGCGCUAAUCAAAGGCACAGUGGCUCUGAAAGGCAUGCCAGAUGACUUUAUUGAACCAAAUGAAGACGAUUUCAACAGAGAGUACGUAGAUAUAAUUUCACUCACGCCCUUCGAUUCUUCUCCAUAUACAGCGAAACAGGAGGAAUGUCUGAAAAGCGUGAAAUUCUUGCCCGCAGGAUUAACGGAAGAUCUUCUCUGUCAGCAUAUUAUCCGCUUCUUCUAUUGGCAAAUGGAACAAUUAACGCACGCCAGCGAAAAGGUCAGAAAUGUCUACCUAAAGUUACACGAAUGGUCCGUCAAACAUGGUCCAUUGCAUAUAAUGCGAGUGACACAGCGCAACAGGAUGACCGCCACUUUCAACGAUGCUGAAAAACAGAGCCUCGCAAAUCUGGUAGCCCUUAUCUCGAGUUAUGUGGAUUCGGACCCGAUUCUCAAAGCCCAUCGUGAAUAUUGUGAAGCUUUUCUAGGUAAUUAUGGGGAACUGAAGUAA